AUGAUGCUCUCAAGGGCCAAACCUGCUGUGGGUGGGGAUCUGCCCCACACCGACAAAAGGAAGAAGAAAGGCAGGAAGAUGCCAAAACUAGAGGAGCUGCUUUCACAAAGAGAUUUCACCGGAGCCAUUACCCUAUUGGAGUUCAAACGUCAUGUUGGGGAACAAGAAGAGGAUACUAAUUUGUGGAUUGGAUACUGUGCUUUUCACCUGGGUGACUACAAGAGAGCUUUGGAGGAAUAUGAAAAUGUGACAAAAGAGGAAAAUUGCAAUCCUGAAGUCUGGGUGAAUCUAGCCUGUACCUACUUUUUUCUUGGAAUGUAUAAGCAAGCUGAAGCUGCUGGAUUCAAAGCUCCAAAAAGCCGACUUCAAAACCGCCUCCUCUUUCAUUUGGCUCACAAGUUUAAUGAUGAGAAGAAGUUGAUGAACUUCCAUCAGAAUCUUCAAGAUAUCACGGAAGAUCAGCUCAGUUUGGCCUCAAUCCACUAUAUGCGCUCUCACUACCAAGAAGCUAUUGAUAUUUAUAAGCGAAUACUGCUAGAUAACAGGGAAUACCUUGCCCUUAAUGUUUAUGUGGCUCUGUGUUACUACAAAUUGGAUUACUAUGAUGUGUCUCAAGAAGUUCUGGCUGUUUACCUUCAGCAAAUUCCUGAUAGUACCAUCGCACUCAAUCUUAAGGCCUGUAAUCAUUUUCGUCUUUACAAUGGCAAAGCAGCUGAGGCUGAACUCAAAAGCUUGAUGGACAAUGCUUCUUCUUCCUUUGAAUUUGCGAAGGAACUCAUCAGGCACAAUCUGGUUGUCUUCCGAGGAGGUGAAGGGGCUUUGCAGGUUUUGCCUCCCCUGGUUGAUGUCAUUCCUGAAGCAAGGCUAAACUUAGUGAUUUACUACCUUCGUCAAGAUGAUGUACAAGAAGCUUAUAACUUAAUCAAGGAUCUGGAACCUGCUACUCCUCAGGAGUAUAUCCUCAAGGGAGUGGUCAAUGCAGCCCUUGGCCAGGAAAUGGGAUCGAGGGAUCAUAUGAAAAUUGCCCAACAGUUCUUCCAGCUGGUGGGAGGAUCAGCUAGUGAAUGUGACACAAUACCAGGGAGACAGUGCAUGGCUUCCUGCUUUUUCCUGCUCAAGCAAUUUGAAGAUGUCUUGAUUUAUCUCAACUCAUUUAAGAGUUACUUCUAUAAUGAUGACAUCUUUAACUUUAAUUAUGCCCAGGCCAAAGCUACAACAGGCAAUACCAGUGAGGGUGAAGAGGUUUUUCUUUUAAUACAAAGUGAGAAGUUAAAAAAUGAUUACAUUUACCUCAGUUGGUUAGCUCGAUGCUAUAUAAUGAAUAAGAAACCAAGACUGGCCUGGGAACUUUACCUCAAGAUGGAAACCUCCGGCGAGUCAUUUAGCCUCUUACAGCUCAUUGCUAAUGACUGCUACAAGAUGGGCCAGUUUUACUAUUCAGCCAAAGCUUUUGAUGUCCUAGAGAGGCUGGAUCCUAACCCUGAAUAUUGGGAAGGCAAGAGGGGGGCCUGUGUGGGCAUUUUCCAGAUGAUCUUAGCUGGGCGAGAACCCAAAGAGACCCUUCGAGAAGUGCUCCAUCUAUUGAGAAGCACAGGUAACACCCAAGUAGAGUACAUCAUCCGGAUCAUGAAGAAAUGGGCCAAAGAGAACAGGGUGCCUGUGUGA